AUGGUUGACGAUGCUCAUCGCAAUGACAUGGUUGGUGAUGUUGAACGUGCUAUUCUGGAACAGAAAUUUGAUUCGGUCAAAGAUGGAGAAGAUUUCUACAAUGCGUAUGCUAAAGCCAAGGGAUUUAGUAUACGAAAAUCCAGAUUUAACACAAAUAAAGAGGGAAAGGUCAUUAGUAGGCUGUGGUUGUGUUCAAGGGAAGGUCAGAGAUUACCAAAAUACUUGGACCGUGUUGCUGAGAAGAGUAGAGCUCCCAAGGCACUAACAAGAGUAGAUUGCAAAGCCCAAUUUCGCAUACGGUACGAUGCAGAUGCUGGUGAAGGGGGAAAGUAUGUUGUGACUCACUUCGUCGCAGACCACAACCAUGAAUUGGCGGAACAACACUGUGUGAUGUAUCUGAGGUCACAUCACAGUUUAAACAGCGGUGACAAAGCUCAAGCAAUGGCUAUGCGCAAUGUCGGUGUGAAGACUAGCCAAAUCAUGGACUAUAUGGUAAAUCAGUCCGGGUCUUAUGAGAAUGUUGGUUUCAUCCGUACGGAUCUGCACAACCAUAUUCAAGCCGAACGUAGAGCAGAAGUUGAGGAUGGUGAUGCGCAGGGUGCGUUGGUUUACCUAUGCGCAAAACUUGAUGUUGAUGCACCUAAUGAGACAAUUGAGACACACACAUGGGUUUUGGAAACAUUUAUGGAGGCGAUGGGAAAUAAAGCACCUGUGUCCGUACUGACAGAUGGGGAUAAGGCGAUGCGAGAGGCAAUCAGAAGAGUAUUUCCAGAUGCAAGACAUCGAUUAUGUAAUUGGCAUCUUGGGAAAAAUGCUGUUUCAAAUGUUCACAUAAGUGGCUUUGCACAUGCUUUCAAGCAGUGCAUGGACAUGGAAACGGAUGAGACAAAGUUUGAGCAUGGCUAG